GAGUGAUUCGUGAAUUAAAUAGUAAUAUAUUUUGAUCAAUAGACUUCAUUAUAAGCGAGUGGAAUGGCCGUUGGCUAGUCGAAUAGCCUAGCAUUUAAGGCAGGGGCGCCGCUACCUAUAUAAUACAGCUAAUAAUAUCGGCGCUGGUUCGGACAACGGCCUCUCGCAAGUCUUCUCCGAUAGGGACCGGAAACAGUAGGACCAGGGUACACAGUUGGCUCAUGUGCAGUUUAAAGAACCCAGUUCGAGUACAUCUUUCGAGAUGAGUAAAGGGUUACCCCGGUGUACUGGUCCGUACCGUCCCUGUUGUGAUGGGAUUUGAUUUGCCACUUUGAAAAGUGAUGAAGUUCAUUGUUUUGCAUAGACCUAUCCUUGGCCCUAGUGCUUAAAGCUGAAUAAAAUAUAAGACUUCGGAUUGGCUAGUUUCCAUUUUUAGUUGAAGCACAACUCCCUGGUUGAAGAUAUGAAGGAACUAAAUGUAGGUCUAGUUUUGUAGAAGGAAGACGAUCGUAUUAUGACACUGUUAAGAGAACAGUGGACUGAGUCGGAUUUGGCCAGCGACAUCCAUCAAACUCUAAAAGCAAAAGAAAAGCAGAUCGCACCUUUUUAUGGAAAUUCACCACAGCUUGGCCUGAGGCGGUUCUUGGUUGACUGGCUGGCUAUCAUCUCAGAGAAAUACGAACUAGCACCCUAUACACUUCACCUUUCCAUAUACUGCAUGGACAGAUUUAUGGAUAAAUAUGAUAUAAAAGAAGCAACACUUCAUCUUGUCGCCCUCUCCUGUCUUGUCAUUGCAACAAAGUAUGAAGAAAAAGAAGACAAAGUCAUACACCUUUGCAAUUUCAACAGUUGUGCUUAUGAACCCGAUAAAAAGGGUGAUUAUCUAAAAAUGGAACUACUACUUCUGGACUUUUUCUCUUGGCAAGUUUCAAUACCAACAGCUGUACACUUUAUGGAUUAUUACAUAAUUGAUGCAGUAUGCGAGAGGGACCUGCAUGCAGGACAACCACUCUCUUCUCUUAGCGAUGCUGUAACUUACAUGCAGAAAUACACCAAAUAUUUUCUAGAUAUUUCACUACAAGAUCAUGUCUUUUCAAAAUGUAUGCCAUCAUUGGUUGCCGCAUCGUGCAUCGCCGCAUCCCGUGUGUGUUUGAAGUUGGCGCCAACUUGGACAUCAAAGCUUAGGAAACUCACUAAAUAUUCGUGGGAACACAUUGCUCCUUGCAUUGAAAAAAUGCUGAUCGCGCAUGAAAUAGACGAGAAAGCAGCAGAAACACAGGCGGAUAGCAGUUCUUCGGCGGCCUCAACACAGAUGGCAGCAGCCACCGUAACUGCUUGGCAAGAUCUCAUGAAAUCAGACGCUCUCAAUAGGAAGUCAUAAGCUUAAAAGACGAACAAAAUAUAUGUGUUUGUAACACAUGAUUUAAUUACUGUAAUUAAUUACAGAAAGCCAUGGUUAUUUUUUCCAAAAUAUAUACAUUCAGAGACGGCAUAAUCACCCUGUUAAUUUUAUAAACAAAUUCCGAUUAUUAGGCCUAUAAAUCUCAUGGCUUGAUAUAUUCAAUGACAUGAAGAAAAAACGAUUGAUUAUUUUUCAAAAACGUAUUUAUGAAUCAAAGAUACUAACUUAAUUUAGUAGAUUUAAUGUUAACAAAAUCGUACCAAAGUAGAACUUGUUUAUGGUCUGUUUACUCAUCUCUAAAGUAUGGUUUACAUAAAAUCGCUACACGGUAUCACCGACUCCUUUCAGCGGUUUACAUAAAAUCUCUGCACGCUAUCACCGUCUCCUUUCAGCGACGCUAAUUGGUCGCUUGAAUCGGGGAAUGCGUCAGAUUAUAGCUUCGCAGUGCAAGGAUUACAGUGACAUGCUGUAGCAAUAUUGUAGCGAUUUUAUGAAAACCAGGCUUAAUCGGGAUAUCAUAUCCAGGUUAUCAAACAAAUAGGCCUACUGUAUUUCCCACUACUGUAUGAUUCUCAUAAAUCUUUUUUUUUUAUUAAACAUAGGCCCAAUAGAUUUCCUAAUUCUGAUAGUUUUUUUCUUCUACUGCCACUUGUAUAAAUAACGAAUAUUUUGGUAGGCAUGUGACGUUUGUAGUUAAACUAGUUAAUAUUUUAUGGAAAAAUAUUUAUUAUUUAAUCAUUUACGUUUAUUACAAAUAAAAAAUCGACCAUAUUGUAAAUACUGCUCAGAUGUUGAACAUGUGUUUAAAUAUUAAUGGUGUUUGCACAAUUAUCAUUAUGAUAAAUAUGAAUAAAUUCAUCUCCUAAAGAAAUACGUUGGAUGAAUUUCUACGUUCAUUUUUUCUUCACAGCAAAAAGAAAACAAAUAUUUAAAUUAUCUUUAUCAUCAUCAGUGGCGGCGCCAGGUUUUUAGGGAGAGAUAUGCGGGGGUGGCCUAAAGUGGGCGUGGUCGGACGUCGCCCAAAAAUGCCUUGAGAGUGGUCCAGGGGCUAAGCCCCCAAAAAUGUGACAAUUUACGGGUUUCAGAGGCCUAUUUAUUCGAUUUAUAGAUAGUCUACUAAUAUGUAAAAAAAUAUAUAUCAAGAAAAUUAUCUUGGGGUGGGGGGGGGGAACUCCCCCCUGGCGCCGCCACUGAUCAUUUUGUUUAUGUUGCCUAUAUUUUGUUCAUUAAUCCUGUUAACAUCCAAAUUCGUAUAUAUAAUGCUAUAUACAUCAUACGAUUAUAUUAUAUUUGUCGUGAACAACAUAUUGAGUAAGAUUUAAGUUUGACAACAAUUGCAGAGUAUGAUUUACACCACCUGUAGCUUUCUCAUCUCAAUUUGUGUUUAUGUAAUUUGAUAUAAACUUGAAAGUCGUGUAAGUAAAUUGAUGAAUAAAUUUCGUGUAGUAUACCGUAAGGCCAGCACUACAAUGGACCUUGGAAAUUGGUUUCCAUACAGUCGCUACACGCGGACAGCUUUCCGUGAUGCGGGAUCCUUCCUGGAUGUUUCGGGGACUGCUACGCAGUACAGUACAGUACAACGAUUGUACUGAAAAAACUGUAGCGACAGGGUAGCGAUUUUAGGGAAACCAGGCUUAACAACUGACCAAUCAGAACAGUGCCAGAAAAAAACGAUUGUGCAAGCAAACGUCUCGCAAACGCACGUGUUUUUCGUGCGUUACGUUUUGUUUUGUGAGACCAAAUUUUAUUUAAGGAGUGGGGCUUAGCUGUAUAUUGACGCCUUAAAAUAUGUUUUGUAACUUAAGAAUUUCUGUUCUUGGAUAUUAUAAUACCGUUGUGUAACAGCAACGUCUCUAAA